AUGAUGGCGAAUUCCGAAAAAGGCGUGUCGCCGAACGAUGCAGAGGUAAACAGUGCUAGUGCUGGCUCUCUCAACUCGCCGGUUCUUGGACAACCACGAAAAGUCAAAUGGUACCGCUCAACAUUCUUCAACGCCCUAAUCCUCGGACUAUGCAACUUCCUCGCACCAGGAAUCUGGGGCGCAAUGAACUCCCUCGGCGGCGGAGGCGAAGAAAAACCCUACCUAGUCAACGCAGCAAACGCCCUAACCUUCGGUCUAAUGGUGGUAUCGUGCUUCCUCGGAAGUGUGGUCGUCCGCUUCAUCGGAAUCAAAUGGACACUCAUCGUUGGAACCAUGGGGUACGCACCGUACGCGGCAGGACUAUACACGAACAACCGCUUCGGAGACGAGUGGCUGGUGAUCCUGGGCGCAGCGUUAUGUGGCAUAUCAGCUGGCAUCUUCUGGAUGGCCGAGGCAGCGAUCGCGCUCUCCUACCCAGAGCCCUAUAAUCAAGGUCGAUUCCUGGGAUUCUGGCUCAGCUUCCGUGUUGGCGGACAGAUCCUGGGUGGUGUGAUUAACCUCGGCAUUAAUGCGCAUCGGUCUACGUCCGGGUCGAUCUCUUAUACGGUUUACCUGAUCUUUAUUGCGUUGCAGGCUUUGGGUCCGUUUGCGGGUUUGCUGUUGAGUACGCCGGCGCAGGUUCAGCGGAAAGAUGGCGUCCGGGUCCAGCUUCAGGUGAAUAACAGUAUUGGAUUUGAGCUGAAGAGCAUGGUGAAGCUUUUUGUCAGUCGAAAGUUCGCGCUUGUGAUUCCUCUCAUUUGUCAGGCGGUCUAUACUGAAGCGGUGAUGUUCUCGUAUGAGGGCUUGUGGUUCUCUGUGCGGGCGAGAGCUCUGGGCUCAUUCCUCUCCGGUGUCAUUGCGUUGAUCAUUGGAAAUCUGCUGGGUGCUUUCCUUGAUACUAAGAGGAUUUCCUUGAAGGCCCGCACGAGAUAUGCUUUCUUCUUCGUUAUCGCGUGGCAGGGAAUGUGCUGGACCUGGGCGUCGGUGGUGACGACCGAGUUUAACAAAACAAAUCCGAUAUAUGACUGGACCGAUCCUGGGUUUGGGAGAGCUUUUGCGCUUUUCUUGUUCUGGGUUGCUGGUUUCCAGCUGAACUAUAUGUACCUAUUCUUCUUAGUCGGAAAACUUGCGGAUGAUCAGGAGGAGGUUGUUCGAAUUGCUGGUUUGUUGCGUGGGACCGAGUCGGCUGCUCAGUGUGUCAGUUAUGGCCUGAGCAGUGUGAACAUCAUGGCUGCCGUGGGAAGCGUAUACCUCAACUUUGGCUUAUGGGCCAUUGCAAUCCUUCCAGCCUGGUUUAUUGUGAAGCAGGUCGGAGUUGCAUUCGGUGAUAAGAAAAUUGAGCGGGAGACUGGUGCCCUGCGCGAGGCCUCAGACAAUGAAUGA